CGACGUGGAAGCGGUCGGCAAGCAAAGUAAACUUGGGAGGGCAGGGCGGGCACUUAUGGAAUCCCCGGGCGAUAGCAGCGAGAAAGAGACGGCGCAGGGCGUCGUUCUCCGGGCUGAGGUUGUAUUAAAAGACUUUUUCGACUCGCUUAUGUAGUGCCAUGGUGACUUUUUAUUUUGUUUUCCCUCUCGUGUUUUUUUGCCCAUGUUUUUGUUUUCAUUUCAAUUCUACCCUUUGAUUGCGCUGUAAUCCUCGAGGUGCCCGUCGCCAAAAGCUAUAUAUGUUUUUGUCUGCUGAGUCGUCACUUCUGUGCACUAUCAACGACGAUGGCCACUCCUCUAGAACCCGGCGCCGUUCUCUGGGAUGAUGAGAUCAGACCCUACCGCAUCCAUGUCUCCAGCAAGUAUCUCGAUCUCACGAGGCAGAAGUUGGAGCUCACGAGAUUGCCACAUGAGACGUUAGGGCCCACAUCCAGGGAUUGGUGGGAACCAAAGGCCCAGAUCGAGCCUCUCAUCGACUUUUGGCUUGAAAAGUACGACUGGAGGCAGCAAGAGGCCGUUUUCAACGACCAGCUGCCUCAGUUUCGUACGGCCGUGACUGUGCCCGGGUCAGAAAGCCCCGUCCGCCUUCACUUCGUCCAUGUAAGGUCGCCUCACGGGCACGCCGUGCCGCUCCUCUUGGUGCCCCCUUUUCCCUUCGCGAACCUCUCCCUAGGCCACCUCAUCCGGCCCCUCGCGGAGCCUGAGGACCCGGACGAGCAGCAGCCCUUUCACGUCGUCAUCCCGUCCCUGCCCGGUCUCGGCUUCAGCGAUGCCUUGCCCGGCAACACCCCCGUCAUCCCGGCGACGGCGGACAUCCUCGACCUCGUCAUGUCGCGGCUCUCGUACAAGCACUACCUGGUCUCCAACACGUCCUCCGCCGCGUCGAGCCCGGCCGGGAUCGAUUGGAGGCUCGCGAACCACUUGGCCAUGUACCAUUCCGGCAGCUGCCUGGGCGCCCACUUCAUCAACCCAUUACUGUCGGCGCCAACCCUGAAAGAGGCACCGCUUGAGUGGAUGAAGUGGUCCAUUGCCAGACUCUUCCGCGCCCCGUUCUUCGGCUACCAGAGUGAAGACAUGCGCUCUCUGAACCAGGCGGAGCCCGCUCCGGGGCAGUCUACGAGCCCCAUAUCGCCCGGGCCCGCGUCCGUCAUCGAGCCAAACACGCCGUCCUACGCCCUGUGCGACUCCCCUGUCGGUCUGCUCGCCCUCGUCCUCAAAGUCAUCCGCGUUCUCGGCGCCCAGAAGGAUUUCUCCGAGGCCGACAUCAUCACCUUCACCCAGACCGCGUGGCUUCCCGGGCCGGAAGCCGCGAUGCGGCUGUGGGCACACUGUCUGACGCACCAGGAGAAGCCCCUCCCGAGGCCGGCAAAGAAGCCCGACGUCGCGAUCACGGUCUUCUCGGGGGGCGCGAGGGACGCCGAGGUCGAGGCCCAGAGCACGUCGCCCCGCGCGGCGCUGGUCCCGUACGCGUGCCCCGCGUGGGCCAACGUCUCCUAUAAUGCCGUACACGUACGCCGCAUCACGGGCAGCCCAGGCUUGGUCGUCUGGGAUCGCCCGGAGCUCAUCGGCGAGGGCAUCAGGGGUCUGGCGAGCAGGCUUCUCUCCUCCUCCGGCGGCAGCAGACUGAGGAACCGGGAGCAGCCCGGCACGGCGCCGCUGCGGGAGGUCGUUGUCGUCGUACCGCCGAACUCCACGCCGGGUGGGGAAUCGGGGCCGCAGCCGCGGUCUCCGCAGACGAUAUCCCCUGCCGCGCAGGGCGAAGCGACCUGGCGGCUCGAGAGGAUACGCGAGUCUUCCGAGACGCCGAGCAAGACGCGACCGGAGGACAGGGCGCGCGCCGGGCCCGACGCGGACUUUGACGGGGCCAGUCCGGAUACCAUUGUAGUCACGCCUCCGCUCAGCGAGGGCUUGCGAUAGCUGGUCACGGCGGCUGAUGUGGUUUUUCUUUGUAUUAUGAUACCAAGGAUACGACCUGGGGGGGCUGUGUGGAUGAUAUAUACACGAAGACAGGGCCAAACCCGGAUGAAGCUUCUAGGAAUUGAGGCGACUAAUACCAUUAUUGUUUAUUAUGUAUGAUACAAAACACUCCAAAUGUCGGGCACCGGUUUUCUGCAUUCCUACCGGUAGGGUAGAUUUCCAGGCCGGGUCAAUGACAGAUGUGCACAAUGCUGCAUCAGCUUUGGCAGAAAGUAUUUCGAGACGUUCGUCAGGAACGAUGUGGCCACAACUUUACCAGGCAACUGGAUGCACGCGGGUGGCUCUUACUGCAACCCACCAGCCCAAGCCAAACCGGACGCAACAAGCGCUUGAGAGGACGUUACGACAACCUGGACGGUCAACAUCCUCAUUGGACAUAACAGAUCACGAAACGG